AUGGCAACAAAAAUAGAAAACUCAGGCGAUUUCUACCAAUGGCAGAUUACCAAAAGAUCAAUGGGUGAAAGAAUCAAGCAUUUGUACAACAACCCUCUAAUGGCCGAUGUCAAUUUCCUUGUGGCGGAAAAAGGUGAAAAACGUGAAUCUAAAGUCGCAGUUCCUUGUCACAAGCUUGUUCUGGGCCUAAGCAGUCCCGUGUUUUUCGCGAUGUUUUAUGGAGAACUGGCUGAGACAGGGGAUUCUAUUGAUCUACCAGACUGUGACUCCGAAGGAUUUCUGGAAUUGUUGCGUCACAUUUAUCGUGACGAGGCAAAGUUAACCGGAAGUUGUGUGAUGCAAGUGCUUUACCUCGCAAAGAAAUACAUAAUACCUUCAUUGACGGAGCUGUGUAGACGUUUUCUCGAAAAAAAUAUUACUCCUCAAAAUGUUCUGGAUGUUCUGCCUCAGGUAACAGAAAUGGACGAGACUCACUUGACUUGUGUUUGCUGGAACGUAGUUGAUUCUCAUACCGAGAAGGUAUUGGAAUCUGCUUCCCCUUCGCUUCUCGAUGACGCACAUUUGUUAAGCUCAUUGCUAACAAGGGAUUCACUAAUCAUCAACGAAGUUAAAAUUUUUCAAGCUAUUGACGGCUGGGCAGAGUGCAUUUGUGAACAAAGGGGCUUAGAAGGAAGCGGAAAAAAUAAAAGAGAAGUCAUGGGCGAAACAAUUUUAACAUUAGUUCGGUUUCCCGUGAUGACCGAAAAGGAAUUUGCAAGCCAUGUCCCAGACACUGAAAUACUCACAGAGACUGAGAUUGUCAAGUUGUUCAUGUAUUUUAAUCUUGGUAGACAACCUGGAGAGUUUUCCUGUGUUCCUAGGGGUAAAAACAGCAAAAAUCAAAUGCAGCGUUGUAAACGUUUCUCGUCCAGAUCUGGAGUAGGUUGUUUUUGGCAUUACAAUCGCGGAGCGGCUGAUUCCAUCAGUUUUACCGUCAAUGCCCCAGUGCUAAUCAAAGGAGUAAGGUUAUUCGGGUAUCAGAAAGAGAAAUAUCUCGUGAACUUAAAACUCGAUGGUAAAACUGUCGUUGAAGGCGAAUUUAAAACGGAAGAACAAGAAAAGUGUGGCUACCAUGGUUUUGACGUUACUUUUGAACAUCCCUUUCAGCUGCUACCUGCAGUGCCAUGUACAGUUGAAGCGUUGAUCCAUGGACCUAAGUCAGUCUACGGCACCUCAGGGAAAGAGGAGGUUAAUUGUGGAACAGUCACUUUUCGAUUUAUUGCAACGGAAACGCCGCUUGGAAAUAGUUCAACUGUGAAUCAAGGGCAGUUCGCAGAAAUUCUAUUUAUUUGAUAUUACUGUCACAAUUGGCCUCAGCCGAGGGAUCCCAAGAUGUGUGGACAAUACCUUGCCAAGUCCCUAGGUGUACAGCGUCUUUCCAGGCCUUCUCGGUCAAUGCAAUGCAGUUUCAUAGAACCUCUGAAAUUCAUGACUAUAAUUUGAGGGGUUCUAACUAUGAUCUCCAACUACCACUACCUAAAACAAAUUUUCUCAAGCGCUCAUUUUCUUAUCGGGGUGCAAUGGCUUGGAACCAACUGUCAAAUAAAACACGUGAGAUGGGGGAUCUUACUAGCUUUAAACUCGCCAUAUCUUAGGAUAUAACUUUUAUCAUGUUUUUAUCUUAUUUCUAAUACACGGCAUGUCUGAAAACCAGCUUGCUGAGCCAUUUACCGUGUUUAAAUAAAGUUGAUUGAUUGAUUGAUUGAUUGAUGCAUUUGCCCCCCAACUCCCCCCCCCCGCCCCCGCCUCGCCCCCUAUCUGAACGCCUGGACCCGACACUGUUACCAUCUACUUCUUAGAGAGGAAAGGGAUGCAGGUCUGAGUCCAAUCAAGCAAAAGUUUCAAAACUGUCUUCAUCAUUCACAGUGGCAUGGCCCGCGCUCCUUGUUCUUGAGUCAAAGGGAAUCUGUUGGCAAAACGGAUGAACUAUACUCCAAAGCAAAGCACAGCGAAAAGGAAAGACCAAAUCUCGGACACCCGAACACUAACGGCCAGUCUGCCGUUUACUUUUUCACAGUCUCCUGGCUGUUACAGGCGGUGAAUAUAAGUUGUACCUAAUAUAACGUUUAGCACAAAGAUUUGUACUACAUUAGUUAGAGAAAUGUAAAAAUUGUUCCAGUCAUUUUACCCAUGUGUUAUGCAUCUUUACAGAAUCCCAUAAACCCUGAUCUUGGGCACAUUAAAAAUUUAGUCGAAUUUUUUGCUGUGUGAAAUGCAAAUUAGGCCGACAAAUUCAUAGGAAAUAACCUAUUCAGAGUGUUUAACCAGCUGCGUUGCGAAAACGUAAGCUCUAAACAUGAAUUAAUUGUGCGAGAGAAUAACAGAAUCGAAACAGAACUUCUGUAUAUUUCUUUGAUGUUUAAAUUUGACUUUUUUACGAAAAAUGUCGACUCCGAAUGUGAUAACUGCCUGUUUAUGGAAGACGGAGUUACAGAAAAAUCUUUCUAACGACCUGUUAUCACGACAAAGCAGCUAAUUAUGCGAUAACUACAAGUCUUGACUAGAGAGACUUCGACACUUGUAGGCUGACAAACAAACAUGGAAGCUGUUCAUAAGUCUUUUCUAUCGGCUGUGUCUUGUGAAAGACAGAAAUCUUGGGACAAGGUAACUUUUUUAUCGUCUUUUACCGUUGUAAACGUUUUUAAAUGCUAAUUCUUAAAAGCUGAAAAUAUUAUCUAGUCAGUGAAUAAGGCUAAAAAUACAUUCGUCGUUAUUGGUUACGUUGCUAAGGCUUGAAAUACGUUAGCUUUUCCUUCGAUUUAUAUGUUUAUUUAAAGAAGACCGUAUUCUCAAGUCAGUGAAAAUUUACAGUAAGUUAAGUUUUGACCAUUAGAAUGGUUUCUCCGCGGUAUUUCGCAGCCAUAGAUUUUUAAAACAAAUAGGAAAUUAAUUAUAAGAAAUAUCAUAGUAGGUAUAAAUUGAAUUUUAUUCUAGCUGGUUAAAUCAUCAAAAAAAUAUAUAAUUGAAAAAUACAAUAGAAACAUUUUUAACUCUUGUUCUGCCGUGGCGAAAUGCUGUUUACUAAGAAUCCGUGAUAAGGCCAAUGUAUCGCCAACGUUUUAGCAAGGAAACAAAUAACUCGAACGUACCAUACGUUACAGUUGGUGAUGGGAAGAUGGCCUAAAUACGUACCUUCAAAGCAAAACUGACAGAAAUGUUAUUUUUACCUUUGAAGAUAUAUGCCCAGGGAAUAAGUUGAAUCACUAAUUUGGGAUAUUACUCACGACCCCAAAAGCUUUACCAUUUUAUCCUAACCUUCCAAAAGGGAGUUUACUUUAUUAGUCACUUAACCAACAACUAUUCAGUUUAUAGCGCCAUGAGGCUAAGUCCUCAGCCGAAACUGAAAUCUUUAGCCCCACUCAUUGCUUUAUUAGGCUGAUUUAACAACACAAUGGGAACGUCAGAUGACGACGACGCGCCCAAAUCAAACAACUGGCUUGACCAAUGACAGAGCAGCAAAUUGGGCACCGGAAGUCUUGUUUAGUCCUUUCCGUGCGCUUUCCCGUCGUCAACUGACGUCCCCUUUCUGUUACAACAUCAGCCUAUUAUAAGUUUAGGAUGUUAAGGAACUAACUUUCUAAACACAAGACAACAGCAGCAAUAAUAAACCUGUCUUCUUAAGGAUAUGAAUCGCUAUAAUUUCUGGCUAUAUAUGUUUCCAAUUUUAAUAGGCAGCAGUCAGAUAUGAGGAAGUAUUAAGUACAAUUUACAAGCUGAAAUGGAAUAACAGCCUGAAUAAAGAGAAGCUCCGGCUUCUGGUAAGUCCUACUUACAGAUGCCUCGGUUCAUUCAAUUGCAAUUGCAUUUACCAGAGUUAUGGAUGUAAUCGCCCAGAUUACAAGCUUGCUUUUCGGUUGGUUACAUGCCAUCUUGUUUUCUUAGCCAUCUUAGAGGGAGAAACAACUUACCCUAUCUGAUAAUCGGAAAAAUAGGUUUAAAAUUUUCUAAUCAUUUGCUCCUUCUGUUGUUACACAUACGAGUCAUACCUACUACAAGUGCUUUGUAAUCUAAUGCAUAUUCAAGCAAGCAUCUUAAGCACGGCCAACAAAAGGCCUUGAUGCAUGGGGAAGUAUACUCUGUAACAUGAUUGUAAUGUGACGCCAAAUUAAAAGGUAUCAAAAAUACUGGCAUAAAUUGUUUCAAUAUAUACUUAUCAUGAUCAAACAACAUCCAUAAACAAAAACCGAAAAGUCAAACCAAAAAUGUUCACAAAUCAAAGCAUGGAAGGUACAGUCGAGUAUAUUACGACCGAAGUUUUAAAUUUUCCUUCAUGUCAAAUCAUUAACCUGAAUUUCGGCGGAUGAGUCUUCUUCAUCAUGAAACUUGAACACUAAAAGUAAAGACUGACCAUUUUACCAUUCGUCACUUAAUUGAAUACUAAGGUUAAACUCUUUUGCAGUUAUUUGAAUGCCAUUUUCACUGCGCAGUCGCGUUGCAAAAUCGUCAAAAGUACCAGAAAGCAUUGCGGCAUUUUCAACGAGCCAUGGAGGUGGUGAGCUGGAGAAAGGUAGGCUUAAUACCGGCUACUUUGGAUCUAAAGCCAUUGAAACUGAAGGAUAAGUUUAGGGGCUGUUUACAUGAAGGGAGGAAGAUCGUAUAGUACCACGAAGAUCCUAGGGGGCGGAUCAUCCUAGCGCCAUAUGUUUUCUGUAUUCGGUUUACAUGCAAAGAGUUGUACUUGUUCCUAGAGCUGGGAUCUUCCUAGGACUAGGAUCUUCCUAGCUGACAAGAAGGAAGAUCCUAGCACCAUGUAAACUGCCUUCGCUAGGAAGAUCCUGGUACUAGGGAAAAAAACAGACAAAAAUAGCGGCGGGUCGUUCAGUGGCUAAUCAUGGCAAUAAAGGCAGACCAUUUCGUUUGGCGUUAUUGUGAUAAUUCUGCUGAAAGGAAGUUGUUAACGCCAGUAAAGAGAGCAGAAGGGCUUUUGAAUAAAAUCCCUCAGCUUAAUUUUUUAUAUAUAUCGUAGGACGAAUGUCAAGCAGGCUGUAUCACCGGGAGAGUUCUUCAUCUCCACGUCCCUACCCUGGCAAGGAUAGCUUGUUGUCUCAUUCACCAAGGUUAGAAGCAUGCUUGCUGUAUUCUAAAUUAGUGAUGUCCUUUGAUUGGGCCUAACGUCUUAAGUAUCUAGUUAAAAAGCAAAAAACAUAGCACCAAUGGAUGCCUAGUAGAUAAGUUAAUCCAAAUAAUCUGAAAUUUUUGCAGGAUUACUAGAUAAGCUGCACUAAUCACUAGAAAGGCCUACCCAGGCCGGCAUUCGUGGCAACAAAGUCACCCGCUUGUCACUUGGGUUAGCCUGAGUCUUCCAAGGGCUCAGAUAACGGGGAUCGGCGCGAAGUACAAAGAGGCACCAAAAAAUGAAAACGAGGGAUACAGUAUGCCAGGAAUCGCAUACUGCGUCUUUUUUUCUUUUCACUCUGCACUUUCUGCCAUCGCGGCAGGCUCUUUCCUUUUUUCAGAACUGGCCAGCCUGACCAUGACUGGAUCGCAUUUUGACAAUUAAACAGGCUGGUUUCAAGAUUUUUUGCUGAAAAACCCUCUCCUUCGUGCAUACUAUUUAGGACUUAACUGAUCUAGCUGUAUGGAUAUUCUUGAUUAAAAAUGGAAUUCUUAUUACGACGGGAACAGUCUGGCCGGUUAGUUCUGAAAAAUGGAAAGCGCCCAGUUUCAGUAAACGUUAUUUUUGAGCGCAAAGUGCUGUUUUAUGUCAGAACUAAAAAAGUCUUUAUUCUGCAGGGAAACUCAAAGAAGCCCUGGCUAAUGCAGACAAAGCAAUUUUACUCGACUUCAGAAAUCCUGUAAGCCUUACUUUUCAAGUUAAUAAACUUAUGUAUGGAUAUCUUGGGCAACACCGAAAACUUUAUAUCGUGUUUAAGAAACAGAAAAUGAUAUUAAUGACUUUUCCUCUCCAUUCCACUGACUCGGCAUUAUUUUCUGGAAAUACGGAUAAGAAAUACAGUUAGCUGAACGCGCAUUUCAGUCUCCUUUCGAGAUACUAAUAAGCUUCUUUUUUUCCUUUUAAACCUAGGACUUAUUCUGCGUCAGGUCGUUGGUAAAUUUUCUUUUGAAACGACAAGAAAAGGUACGAUAAAAUCAAAUAACAGGAUCGAAAUAAGUGCGCUGAAUCGUGCUCUACUCAGACGGUAGUAGUAUAAUUGAUCAGUCCCAUCAUCGAUGUAUAGCUCAGCAUCUGCGAUGUGGGGAGAAUAAAACACGAAUAUACAUUUCGUCAUAGUAAAAUUCCAAAAAGUAGUUUGAAACCAGAGAAAGUAGAAUCGAUGUUUGCGUUGAGCCGAUACGGGAGAUUACUCCAACAUCUGCAACUAGUGGUCUCCAAAAAACACACCACAAUCUUAAAUUAAUUUAACUCCAAACUAUUAAAGAUCAGCAUUUUACUUAAUAAUGUAUGUUCUAAUUUAAUUCUGGUUUGAUUUUGUUUGGGUAGAAUGAUUAUAAAAAGAAAAUGGAGUACAUUGAAUCAGAAAAUACUUGAUCGAGUAACGAAAAGGUCCCACAAUCCUUUUUUAACUCGUGGUGCUGUUAUUUCUCAUAGGCUUUAUUAGACGCCAGUUUCGCUGUCAAAUUGAACCCCUCGCAAGUUUGCGGCUGGCUUCUGAGAGGCCUAUACAAGAAGAUUGAGGUAAAAAAUGGACCACUUUUAUGAAUUGUGUCCUGCUUGGAAGAUUUCACGAUGACACAACAACCAACUGGAAAGAUCAAUAAGAUUAGUUCCCCAAGCGAACGUAGUCUCAAAAAUUUGCAUCUCAAAACGCUAGGAUAAUCCACCCUUGGAUUAAAGGUGAACUUAUCCUCCCACUAUCACAUUAGCAGAAGGGUGAGGCUGCAGUCACACCUUAGAUAUAUAAUACAUAUAAUAUUACCUAUAAUAUACCUUCUUUUCAAGUGUAUGUUAAUUCAUUGAAAAUGGAGAGCUCCGCGGGAGCCUUGAUAACAACGAAGCAGAGUACAGACGAAGCCAAGGAAAGGCGAUAGGGUACAUACCGAUAGAGUAUGACCUUUCACCGCUGCUCGCCACAAUUCAUCCAUUUAAUGACGACUUUCUUACUGUUACAGAGAAAAGAAGGGAACAAAUCUAAACAAGAACGGGAUCUUGAUAAGGUAUCUAUUGAAACCCUAAGAUAUAGUGAAAGCCGGAAAAGUUUUUCUUUCAUAAUUAGAGUUGCUGUCAUUAAUUUUAUAACAGGCACUAAGACACUUAAAGCUGUAAUCGAAAGCAUUUAUCCUAUUAAAUUAAAAGAAAGAAGUAUCAUUUUAGAAUGGAACCCCUCCUCUGAUAUAUGCGCUAGUCUGAUCUCUCCACUUCACCACGAAGAUCUUCCACAAAUUUGAACUCACAGAAAAUUUCAAGUAUAUAUAUAAUAAACAAUUUAACUGCCUCUCAUAAAUGAUUCAUGAUAUAAGUUGAUCGUGAUACCUUUCCACUAUUCACUUAUAUUUAACUUUGGCCUAAACUUUGAUCAGUUCUGAGACUAUUUAAAAUUCGUCGUCGUUUCCCUCUUUGGUUGAGGCUUCUUUCCUUCAUUAGUGAGCAAACCUGUAUAACCGGGCCAAGCUGGUCAUCUUCGAGGGCAGUUUCGGCCGCGGAGUAACAACAAGCUCUGAUCCCCCCUCCGGAUCCCCCUUCCCCCACCAUCAAACGGCCAUGUAUUUUAUUCACAGGUAACUUUAUAGACCAAGGUUGGACUGUAAUGAUCAUGUCUGUAGUGAUUACCAGGAGCCGCACUCUUGGUCGGAAUCCGUAAGAACUUAGGACCAGGUUUACCAACCCCUUGUAAUUGUAUAUCAAAACAGACGCAGAAUCAGGAGAACUCAACACAAUUUAAUCAAAUUACAUGUCCUCAAGCCGAAUGGCAAGAAGCACGUAUUACGCAUGCGUGAAGCGCGUAAGGAUUCAUGGGAUAUGACACCCCCCGCCCGUGGCCUCAGACAUUCAAGGUCGACUGAUGAAAGAAGACUAAUAUCAAUAACUGUUUUUACCUGUUUCAAAGGCCUGUGAAGUCAACCCUGAUGCAGUCAUGUUCGUUAACACAGACGAUCUGCAGGCUCACUUCCAGUCAAUAUUUGACCGGUAGGUCAUACCUCCUUGAAAUGUGUUUAAGCAAUUAAAUCACUAAUAAAACAUAAAAUAAUGCGACGUGAUUUUCCAGACUUUCCACAUUUUUUGAAACUUUUCGAAAGUGCAUUUUCACCUGGGCUCCAUUUCCGGUACUCCCUCGGUCUUCCCUAUUCUUUUAAAAUUAAAUUUGAUUUAUUAUUAUUAUUAUUUGCGGUGGGGAAGGGGGGGCGCUUUUCACGAACAACGGCUCAGAAAAGAGGAUCUGUCUGAGUAUCAACCAGUGAUACUUUCCUAGUGUCGCCUACAGGUUAGGACCGUGCAGCAGUAUCAGAAUUGAUCAAACAUCUUUUUCUCUUUUCUCUUCGUACAGGUUCCUUCCCUCUACGCGUGUGUCCCACUCGAUAUCUGUUCAUGACGUUUUAGACGUUGACAGAACAGCCAGACAAGCAAGCCGCGUUUCUCCGCGAACAUUCAUAUGUGGAACUGCAAAGCCAAAAAGACGAAUGCGAACAUGCCCCUCGCAAGAAAAAAGCUAUUCUGAAAGACAACUUGAACGCUUCCAUACCGAACAGAGUAUAUCUCAUCAUAGAUCUUCUCUAAAUAUUAUUUGUAGACAUCCAGAGAGACAUGAAUCACGUGCAUAUUCGUCACUUGACACGUGCAAAACACGUGUUCCCCUCCUAACUCUUAGAGAUGUGGUAGAGACCAAAAGCGCUUGCUUAUGUCGUGGUCAAAGCUUCAUUGGAACCGGAUAUCAUCGUGAGAGACAAGGAAAUUUAGAAUUCAUUGAGGUGAGAAUGCAUGUAUUUGAAGCUCGUGGUAAAGAGAGGUAAGAGGUUUAGUAAAAAAGAAAACGUCAGCUAGAGCUGGAAUGGACCCAUCAAUAAUCAACGAUGAAAUCAUUUAAGGUAGGGUAAAAGGGUAAGCGAUAAGGUAUUGUAGCUGGGAUGGGACGAGUUAGUGUCCGCCAUUGAUGCCAUGAGGUACUCAGUAUCAGUCUUCUCGAGGGAUUAGAUAUAUUUUGUAUAAGAAUAAUUUAAGCAACCUCGUUCCCAGGGCGCUCUUACCUGGCUUUGUACCUCCAAAGCCAGGGAAAAGCGCCCUGGGGACAAGGUUGUGAUUUAAUUUGACAGUCGAAUAGUUAUUUACAGUUAAAUUACCGCCCCUUUUCGCUUUAUAUAUAAUCACCCUUAUCAUAUAACUUGUUGCAUCUUUUACAGGACUUGACGUAUCUAAGUGAGAGAAUGUAUGCAAGGUAAGCCAAUCAUCUCUAGUCUCGUAUACAGUUCUUCCAAGGUCAAGGACUUUUCGCCAGCUUCGAAAAUGGCAGAGAAGGGACUGGGGACGGACUAGAUUACGAGAUUAUCACUGCCCUUCUUAGGCAACUGAAAAAGACAAAAGACUAUAUAUUUGUUACUUAAUUUUCUUUAUUUACAGGAAAUGGUUGCAAGACAGGAUACCAACAAAAAUACCUGACUUCAAGGGUUGCAGGAAACUCCUUUAG